AUGGCUUCCACCAAACUACCCAACACCAUGAAGGCGCUCGUGCUCGAGGCCAUCGGACAGCCCCUGGGGCUGAAGUCGGUUCCUGUGCCUCAGCCUACACCGGGAUCCGUGCUCGUCAAGAUAGAAUGCGCAUAUGCGAACCCAAGCUUGCCUCACAUUCUCAGCGGACGGUUCUUCUCGGUCCCCACCCCGAUGACCCCAGGGGGUACUGCGAUCGGACGGGUCGCCGCCCUCGGUCCAGACACCACCAGCCUUCAAAUCGGUCAGCUGGUGCUCCUCGACAGCUUCAUCCGCGGGAGAGACAACGGUGAUGUCCAGAUCCUCUGGGGCAUCUUUGACGGACCCUCGCCGGCGUCCAAGAAGCUCAUGGCGGACAACUGGUCUUCGGGCGUGUACGCAGAAUACACCCGAGCACCGUUGGAGAACUGCUGGGCCCUGGAUGAGACGCGGCUUUGUUCGCCCACCAGUCAAGGUGGUCUCGGGUACUCUCUGCAAGAAUUGAUGACCUUGGCUCUGCAGGCCAUUCCCUUUGGCGGGGUUCGCAGCAUCGAUCUGCAGCCAGGUGAGACGAUCAUCGUCGCCCCCUCGACCGGGACGUAUAGCGGUGCGGCCGUUGGCGUGGCUCUGGCCUUCGGCGCCAACGUGAUCGUCGUGGGUCGUGACGAGGAGAAGCUCAGGGGCCUGCAGGCUACCUAUCCACAGGUCAAGACUGUGGUCAACACCGGCGACGUCGAAGCAGACGCAGCGGCUCUACGCAAGCCAUUCGGCCCUGUUGAUGCCUACAUUGACAUCUCGCCACCUCAAGCCAACGACUCGACACAUGUGCGCAGCUGCUUCCUGGCCCUCAAGCAGGGAGGCCGUGCGGCCCUGCAGGGGCUUAUCUCCAAGGAUAUCGCGAUCCCGUACUCCCAUGUCGUGUGGAACAACCUGACCAUCAAGGGUCGCUACAUGUACGAGAGGGAAGAUAUCCGGCGAAUGGUCAAGAUGGCCGAGUGCGGCGUGCUGAAGCUUGGCAAGGCGGGUGGCUGGGAUGUCACUGGGACUUUCAGGCUGGAGGGUGCUGGACGGACUGAUGAGGUUUUCAAGGCUGAGUCGAUUGCCAGGCUGGUGACCUGGGAGGGUCUUCUUUUCCUUUCACUUUACCAGUACCUCACGGAGCCGUGCCUCCUUGGCCUGCCUCAUUCGCACACAAGGUGCCACGAGCAGGAGCCUGGCUUGGAGAAUGACGAAGACAAGUAUCUUGAGACGGAGUUGAGGUACUAUCUCGAGGACGCCUGCACCGCCAUUCCUACCACGGGCACAUCAAUCGGCCCCUGCCAGGCUGCAAAGCGUACUGGCACUCUGGCCGGCUAUGUCCGUGUAGAAUUCAAGCGGAAGCCUGGUUCGGAGGGCAGCUCCAACCUUCCCACCAGCUACGAGAUUACUGCGGGCCUGACAUGCCACCACGUCGUCAGCAUUAGUCCUGUUAAUGAGAGAGAGCAUUGGCUGCGACGCCCACCCGCCGCCAGUGACCGACUCUGGCUGCGCACAACAUAUUGA